AUGGCACAUUCUCAAACCAAUGACUUCCUUUCUUCGUCCUCUUCUCUAUCACCAUCGCCUCCUGCGAUCCUAACCGCUGGUCUCGCCGGAAUCUUGGCCGGAGCUUUACUAUCCAUUGGAACCAUCUUCAAUACAAUCCCCAUUGCUAUCAACAGCAAGCCUGAUCCGUGCUGUUCCGUUAACGGCUUUGUGAAUAUCAAAUACGACAGCAACAAUGUAACCCCUUUCCUAGCCGUUGUUAUCUACACACAACGAAAUGUGAUUUUAGACCAUUGA